AUGGUCAAACGCAGCAAGCUGCUUCAGGCUCUCGAUGCCCACAAGGGCCGUGACUACGAUGCUGAAAAGCAGAAGAAGCAAGUGAAGGCUGCAGAGAAGCGCAAAGGCGUGAAGAAGACCGACACCAGCCCGGCGAAGGCCAAGGAGCCCAAGCAAGAUAAGAAAGAAGAGGCUGUGAGCUCCGAAGCUGAGGAAAGCGAGGAGGAAGAAGAAGUCGAAGAGGAGUCUGCCGAGGACAACGCCGAGGAUGAUGAAGAAGAAGACGAGGAAGAGGAAGAAGAUAUUCCCUUAUCAGACCUGGAAGAUGAUGAGCGUGAAGAUAUCGUCACUCACCAACGCCUGACAAUCAACAACUCCGCCGCGAUCAAUAACUCCCUCAAACGUAUCUCCUUCAUCACAUCCGCAACCCCAUUCUCCGAGCACAACUCCCUCGUGUCCAAAGAGCCAAUCACGGUGGAAGACCCCCAUGAUGAUCUGAACCGUGAGCUUUCCUUCUACAAGGUCUGCCAAGCCGCUGCUGCCGAGGCUCGUGGACUACUGAAGAAAGAGGGUAUCCCAUUCACCCGCCCUGGCGACUACUUUGCGGAGAUGGUUAAGAACGACGAGCACAUGGACAAGAUCAAGAAGAAGCUGUAUGACGAGGCAGCCGGCAAGAAGGCUGCUGCUGAGGCGCGCCGCCAGCGCGACUUGAAGAAGUUCGGCAAGCAGGUGCAGGUCGCCAAGUUGCAACAGCGUGCUAAGGAGAAGCGCGAGACUCUUGAGAAGAUCAAUGACUUGAAGAAGAAGCGCAAGGCUGAUUCUGCCGCUCCUACCGACGAUGCCAAUGAUCUUUUCGAUGUGGCCAUUGACGAUGCAGGCCAGACCGAGAGCCGUAAGCGCGGCCGUGGUGAGAAUGGUCCUCACUCUAAGCGUCAAAAGAAGGAUCAGAAGUUUGGCUUCGGUGGUAAGAAGCGUCACGCCAAGAGCGGUGAUGCUGCUUCCAGUGGUGACAUGCGUAGCUUCUCUGCUAAGAAGAUGAAGUCUGGCUCUAAGCGCCCUGGUAAGAGCAAGCGUGCUCAGGGACGCAUUAAUUUUGCUAUAUACAGGCUGAUAAUCUUCAUCCCCGAAGUCUUCCAAUCUUCACUUUUCCCACCCAUUGCUAUACCGAUGCCCUUCCCACCAGGGUUCCGACUCUUCCGCAAAACAAUGUCAGGCGAAAAGAUCCUCGAAGGCUGCUUUGCCAUCCACAAGCCCCAAGGCGUCACAUCCGCCGAUGUCCUCCGCACAUGCCAAAAACACUUCAAUCCCUCCAAAACAUUUGCGCCAUGGCUUGAAGAUGAAACUGCCCGACGAAAGCGCGAAAACUCCUUCCAAAAAAGGCGUCGUCGCGACAAGCGUGUAGAAGUUAAGAUUGGUCAUGGCGGUACGCUUGAUCCUCUCGCAACAGGCGUUCUCAUCGCAGGCGUGGGAAAGGGAACAAAGUCACUGCAGGAUUUCCUAGGUUGCACCAAGUCCUACGAGACUGUUGUUUUGUUUGGUGCUGAGACAGACUCGUAUGAUCGUCUUGGGAAAAUUGUGCGUCGGGCUCCGUGUGAGCAUGUCACGCGGGAGAAGGUUGAGGAGGCGCUGAAGCAAUUCCGCGGAAAGAUUAUGCAGCGGCCACCUAUUUUUUCGGCGCUCAGAAUUGAUGGGAAGAGAUUAUAUGAGUAUGCGCGUGAGGGGAAGAUGCCGCCUGUUGAGAUCAAGUCUCGGCCUGUUGAGGCUGUGGAACUAGAGAUUAUGGAAUGGCUUGAGCCUGGAGAGCAUGAGUUUAAGUUUCCCGAGGUGGAAAUGGAGGGCGACGAGAAGGUUGUUGCAGAGAGGUUGCUUGAUAAGGAGAAUGCUGAAACUGCAGAGACUGCUGUGGAGGGAACUGAGUCUUCCAAGCGCAAGCCGUCGCCUGAGGCGGACUCGAAUCAGGAUGCUUCCAAGAAGCAAAAGGUUGGCGAGAGUGGAGAGGCUCAGCCAGCUGCUGCGUCUGAGUCUGAGCCCGCCGCUCCAGAGUCAGCAUCUGAAGCUGCACCGGUUGCUGAGACCACACCAGUUCAGCCCCGGUCACCUGCUGUGAAGAUCAAGAUGACUGUUACAUCUGGUUUCUAUGUUCGGUCUCUAGCACAUGAUCUGGGCAAGGCUGUUGGUACAUGCGCAUUCAUGAGUGAACUUGUCCGCAGUCGCCAGGGUGAAUUUGAGUUGCACCCCGAUAAGGUUCUUGAGUACAAGGAUUUGGAUGCCGGCGAGGAAGUCUGGGGCCCGAAGGUGACGCAAUUCCUGUCCGAGUGGGAGGAGAAAAGAGCUACCAAGGCAAAGGCUGAAUCCGAGGCUCCUAAAGAAUAG